AUGGUUGAAGUAGAAGACUACAAGCUUCUAGAACUCUUAGGAACAGGGGUAUCUGGAUAAGUCUUCUUAGCUUAGAAGAAAGAUAAUGGAUGCCUCUACGCGUUAAAAUUUAUUGAAAGGUUUUACAAAGAUUAAUAACAAGAAUAAUAUGUGAUUAUGCAACUCGAGCAAGAAGUUAACGCUAUUGAAUUAGUUGAUUCUGAUAGAGUAAUCAAAUCAACUGAGUGUUUUACAACAGAAUAAUUUUUUGUUAUUGUGAUGGAAUAUUGUAAAAAUGGAGAUCUCUUCAAUUACGUUAAGAGCAAAGAGCAUCUCAAUGAAGAGGAGUCUAUUGAGCUUUUUGCAUAAAUACUUGAUGGAAUAAAGGCAGUUCAUAGCUAGAACCUCAUACACAGAGACAUAAAACCUGAGAACUUACUUCUGGAUGAUAAUCUAUAAAUAAAAAUAGGGGAUUUUGGAGCCUCUAUAUUUUACUAAAUAGAUAAUUUGCAUGAUAAUUUAUGUGGUACAUAUUACUAUAUGGCUCCAGAAUUAGAAAACUAUGAAGAAUAUGAUUUUUCUGUUGAUUUAUGGAGUAUUGGAUGCGUUCUUUUCUUCAUGCUAACUGGAAACUCUCCUUUCUCUUACUGCACCUCAUAGUUAUAAAUAUCUAACUAUAUUUACAGUCUUUGCAACCCGUAGCCUGAUAUAGAUAGAUUAAUCAAGGAACAUAUAGAUAAAAAGACCUUAAAUGAAGAUCAUAAUAUUUGUAUUUCUGAAGAAGUUAAAGAUUUAAUUUCUUAAAUGCUUAAAUAUUCUCCUUCAGAGAGAAUAAGCUUUUCAAAUAUUUUGAAUCAUGCCUCAUUUAAAAAAUAUAAAAAUUGCCCAAGUGUAAAAAAGCUAUUGAGAUAGCAAAGCAAUUAUAACGAAAUAUAUUAAUCAUCACCUUCUCUAACAAAAUUGAACUUGACAUCUUAAAAAUCUAUUAAAAAGCAUGAUUUCUCUCCAUAAAAAUAAAAGAGUAUGCUAUUUAAUGGAUCUUAUUAAUAGUUAAUGUCCAUUAAAAAUCUGAAUUAACUCAAUAAUUCAAAUGAUAAUUAAUUAUAAAAAUCCUUACUGUUUGCUUAAUAAGACUAAGAAGAUAUGAUUCUAACAAACAGAUAAGAAAAUAAUCAUUAAAUUCCGUUAACAAGAGAUGAAUCAGAAUACUUUUUAACAAGAAACUAAUUUAAAAAAUCUACUUUUCAUAAAAUAAACAUGUAAGAUAAUAUUACACCAACUUGCAAAAUACCACCUAUUUAAUUAAAUGACACACCACAAAGACCAUUUGAAAAUAACAUUUCUAUGUUUUCAGUUGAUUCUGAUGAAUUUUUGGAGGAUGAUGAUUGCGUGAGCAAAAAAAUAGAGCUCUACAGUAGUAACAGUAAUAUAAUGGCUAUAAAAAAUAAGAUAUCAAAUGAUCCAAAUUCACCAAAUUAUAGAAAGAUAAGCCAAAACGCAAGCUUCUCUCCUGAUGGAAGCACUACUCCAUAAACUCCUUCUACCUAAUAAAAGCAAAAUCUAUCUUAAUUCCGUGAUAUUUCUCCUAUUAAUAGUGAAAUCAUAAAAGAAAUAAAAUGA